UGCAGAAAAAUUUUGGGGUAAUUUACACCUCUUCUAACUGUUGCUGUUUGCAGUAGUAACCAUUGAUCUUUAUACGCAACAUGUACAUACAUACAUAAAACAUAUACAGCAAUAUACAGUAUUAUAGUAUUCGAUUCAUACGCACCAACACGAGCUGCAGGAGAACUGUUGAUUGACCAAUCAGGAUAAAAGAGCUCUUGCAUACAAGACCAUAACCUGCCAUAACCUAUCCUAUUUGUGUAAUAAUAACGACAUGAUACCGAUACUUGAUUUAUCACUAUCUUGUGAAAUAGAAGCUUAUCAAAGUUAUCUUCCCCAUUUGUUCGACGCGCUGACUAAUCGAUCAAUCUAAAUGGAAGAAUAUUAUGACCAUGCUGUACUUUGAAAAAUUAAAGUAUAUGACUGAAGUGUAUGACUAUGUGACUUGAUGGAAGUAUAUGUGCAGCUUUAUCAUUGAAAUGUUUCGAUUAAUCUAAAGACACGUUGAAAAAUCACAGUUGAUCUUUAGCCACCUUAGAAAGAGCUUCAGUUGUAGGUCAUUUGUACGCACUGUCAGAACUGAAAGAUGAAACAGAUUUGUUAAUUCUAAGAAAAUGGCACAAGAGUCAACUAAACUUUGCCAUAGAAAAUCCACAUGUUUCAUGAAGGUCCCAUUAAAGUCAACCGAACAGAUAUAUCUAAUAUUUCUCAUACCAGCAUUAACCAAUUGUUUUAUAUACAUAAUUAAUUUUGCUGCUGACUUAGUGGUAGCUAUUCAACACUUCAAAGAAGAAAAUCUAUUAUGGGGAGCUUGCACUAUUGCAAUUAUGUAUGCCCCGGCACUUACAUAUUUUAUACUGACAAUUUCAAGACCAGAUUGGUGGAUGACAGAUGACGACAAAGUAUCGAAAGGCAUUUUUAGAUGGUUUGCUCUUCAAGUGUUUCAGUUCAUUGGAUUUGUGUUCUUUGUAUUAUACAGAUAUGCAGGACUAAUUGUACUCUCUGUGGAUGCCAUAAAUUUAUUUGGAGAUGCAAGAGUUAAGACAUUAAAUGUAGCCGCAGCACCUGCAGCUAUCGAAUUGUACUUCUUCCUACAGGCAUGGUUUCAAGCCGCACCACAAGCUAUUUUUCAAACACAUUUGCUCUUCAGACAGAGUUCUGCGCUUCGCAGUUAUCAAUCUGUGACUGUACAAGUACUCUGCAUCAUUAUGUCUAUUGUAAUACUAGCCAUUGAGACAGCCUCUUUUCAAAGAUUCGAGAGCCAACGUGUAAAUGGCAGAAAACUACCUUGGGCGAUGUGGCUGAAGAAGUACUGCGUUGAGGAACUGAACAAUAUCGAAGAAAAAGCGCCAUUACAAGCGUUACCUUUACCUGAAGGAAAGGAACAAGACAAUGCCGCGCCGCACGAAUCAACAUCAUCGGAAAAAUUGCCGGAAGACCCGGCCGUUAUCGAAAACGAAGGGCAGCAUCAAAAUAGAUACCAUGAAACUUCCUUGCAUCGCCAGAUUUCCGUGACUCCACCGUUACCACCGAAAAAUGCGCGCGUGACGCCACCGCCGACGCCGCUUCGCGGCAUCACAACGGUGACGCCGCUUCCAGUGCCGGACGUACCGGCGCCACCGCGUCCAGAUUCCGUUUAUCGAGAAGAAGAAGCAGCGAAAGCAGCAUCGAUCCUCGAGUCAAAUCAAAGACUGAUAGACAGCAGCGCACAAAGUCUAAAAGUUCCUAAACGUAAAUAUUCCGAGAAAGGUCUCGAAGAAGACGAUCCGAUUGGAAAAUUUCUAUCCUUUGUCUGGUGGUUUCUCUUCAUCCUGGCACGCGUGUUCGCAAUUACUGUAGCUUAUGAAUUCUAUCCAGUAUCCUUACUGGCUAUGCUAGGUGUGCAUUAUGCUAUCACGUUGAUCUAUCUUUUUUACUACUCGAAGUAUUACGAUGCGAUCACGUCUAUUGUUAAUUUUUGGCUCGGCCUGGUCUACAUAUUCAGUCUGAUCGAAUACCGGAUCAAAUUUAAGUACGCCGAUUGGUGGACAUUGCCGUACUAUGUAUUUGUGAUCGCCCAGAACUCAACGCUAACGCUGAUGUGGUACUUGAACACCGAUUGGGACGGAUUCUGGUACACCUAUAUAUUCUACACGAUUUUCGUUAGCAUGGCGCUCUGCGUUCUCUCGUCUUUAGUAUACCACGCGAUGUUUAAGCCAAAGAAAUGUAGAGUGUACAGCAGUUGACAGUCGCUAGAGAAGGCUAUGUUCUUUGGAUAAGUCUUCUAAAAAUCGUACUUCCACUCUUUUGCUUCUAUGCAAAGUAUAAAUAAAUUAUAGUUACAAAUUUUCUUCAAGUAUCGAUAGAUCUCAUCGGAAAAAACUAAAUGAUGUUAAUAAGCACAAUAGAGAUUUUCUAUAAUUUAUUUACACCUUAACAGGUGUGUUAUUUUUUGACUUUUAUUAAAGGUUUAAAUUUCUUUGCGUUCAGAUGUUGAAGAUAAUAUCUCAUGCAAAAAAGAUCGUUUAUAAAAUGUAUAUUUAUAAGUAUAAUUGCUAUAUAUUACAACUGUGACUGUAGUCAUACAUUAUUCAUAGAAUAAUGAUAGGUAUAGGAAGACUUUUAGACAGUCACACUAUUUAUAGAUUGGUGCAAAAGAGGUUUGGCAUAAAUUUGUCAAAAAAGAGUUAAAAAUCAAAUUAUACACAUUUGCAUAAUUUGUGUUAAUGAAAAAGAUCACUAUUAAAUAUAAUCAUUAAGGAAAAAAUAUUCGAUUUUUUUUAGAAAUUCUAGAUGCUUGACUUUGCUUAAUAUAGUUAGAGCAAGUCUUAAUAAAAAAUAAUCCAUGGCAUCUUUUGCACCAUUCUAAUACUUCAGGCAGCAUGCUCGUUUUAUUUUUUAACAAUAUGUAAAAAUAUUUACAAUGUUAUAUACAUUUAUAUAUAUAAAAAAAGUGGACCUAUUAUAUACACAUUCCUUUUAUAUAUACAUAUAUAUAUAAUAUAGUGUUUCGAAAUUCACGAUUAAAUAUACUACAGAAAAAUUAAUUAGUAAUAGUUUUUGAAAUAUAAUUUAAAGCUACUUAAUCAUA